AUGGACAGGUUCAUAAUCAGAAACCCCAAACCGCAUUCCCGGGAGGAGAGUCCAGCUGGGAGAAAGAAAAGGCCCAUGGGCCAGGCCACCCUGUACUCCUUGAAGAGGGUGGUGGUGCUGGAAGAUAUAAAGAGAUGGAAAUGUAUCCUGAUGCUGCCCAGCCAGACUAAAGAGAAUCUUCUGGAAGCCUUAUCACAACUGAAGAAGAAAAUUCCCUCAGAGGAAGUCAUACGAACAACAAAAAUCGGUGAGGCAGUGGAGGGCCUGCAGACACACUCUGAUAAUGAAGUAUCAGAAUUAGCUAAAGAAGUUUAUUCACAAUGGGAAACAUUUUUAAGAGAAAACCGCUGCAAACCCACCAUAGAAGUUAGAAGUGAUGCUGCUACAGAGAAACUACGUAACAAUGCAAGGCGAAUGUUGUGUGAAGUCCUAGAAAAGGAGGUUGGUGACUCUUUGGCUGAGUGUAUCGAACGUGAAGUCUUCCACCAAAGUUCCCGGCUGAUCAAUGUUCACUACCGAAGGACGGUGCGUGCCCUGGUGUUUGCUUUCAAACACAGGCCAGAGAUAAGAUCACAAGUGAAGGAUGGACACUUACCUGUCAAUAAGUUAGUGCAGACUCAUAAGAAGUGA